AUGGAACUGGUGACUGCGGGCGCAGUUUGUAAAGGCGUAUUUAGGACGCAAGGGCCCUUGGCGGAUCUAUUGGGGCAAAAAGUCUCAGCCGCUGGGCGGAAUGUGUGGUGGAGAGAAUGGUACAAGCUGACUGGGUAUGGUGAAGGUGAAGAUGAGCAGCAACAGACCAAACUAGCGGACUCGGAAGAAUCAAAAGCAAAGGAGCAGCAAAGUUUGAAAGUCUUUUGCCGUUCUCCUUUCAUUUUCUUUGUAUACGGUCAAGCGAACCCUUGUCUUUCCUCCAAAAGCUUGUUGGUUCCACCCGCAGGCGGUCUCUCUUUCUCUUAUGCAUCUAUAUCACUCUUUAUCUACGCUGGUCGUUCUGCUGCUUUCAUCAUGGCUUCAGCUUUCGAACGUCCUGCUGCUAGACCACUACGACGGGUGGCUAACCCAUCUACUCUUUCUCUUGAAAUCCUCCCCCGACAUCCUCAUUCCUCCAUCCAGUCAAGUCUCAGCAAACGACUCUCACCCCAUCCGAACACCCUGCGUUAUAACGACUCUUUUCGUCUAAUACUAUCUGCUUAUAAUGAAACUUUCCAUCUACACCUGCGUCCUAAUGACCACCUCGUUCACUCUGCUGCUAGGAUUCACUACUAUACAACCACAUCGGACGGACGGGAGGUUCUAAGUCACACUGUGCCUUUGUUGCGUGAGACUGUAAAGGCUUACCUCGGGGAGGUCGUCGCGGCGGACCAUUCACCAGCUCGCAUGCGUCAAGAUGCUGCUCAUGUCGUGCCCCAACCGCACCCAGCCGAUCUUGGUUGGGCGCGCAUCAUGGUUUACGAACAAGGCGACACCGAUCGUGGUAUCGCUCCCCUAUUCGAAGGCGCCUUCUCUGCCAACGGCAUCAUAUACCACAUCAUGACCAAGGAAAACUAUUUACGCAACAAGCUUGAGCUUGAUCCACAGCUUACCGAGCCCGUGGACGAGACGGACGCUAACCUCGUCAUCUGGAGGGAAUCUGAUGUUAUGACGCAUGAGGAAGAGCAUUUCGCCAAGACUGGGGAAAUUUAUGCUUCGGAAAACGUCGUCGCCACGCCCCAAUCGUGUGGUCAUGAUAGACUUGACUAUAAUUCUCCUUCACAGAACCCUAUGUUAAGCACACCUCCACCACUCACCUGGACCGAUCGCCUCCUUGUGCCAUUUCUUAAUGACACCCUGUAUCGACGAGAUGAUGUUCCGACAGGGAACGGUGGGAUGAAUUCCAAUUUCAUCAAUUCUAUCGGUUCGACUGCAGGUUGCCCAACUACCCAAAAAGUGCUCUAUAUGGGUGUUGCUGCCGAUUGUGUAUAUGUCGCGAAUGCCAAAACACAAGAAGCGGCCACACAGCAGAUACUGAAUAAUUGGAAUAGCGCAAGUGCUUUGUACAAAAGCACCUUUAACGUCAGCCUAGGGAUUGCCGAACUCCAAGUUCGUAGCGCAGUAUGUCCGACAACGGUCAACGCCGACAAUAUUUGGAAUCUACCCUGCAGUGGCGCCGAGCUUGACACCAGACUUUCUCUUUUCUCUCAAUGGAGAGGGGCCAAGGGUAACGAUAACAUUGGUUUAUGGCAUUUGAUGAGUGGGUGCCCCACCGGAUCGGAAGUUGGAAUUGCAUGGCUUGCAACUUUAUGCCAACAAGAUGCCACUGGAAGUGCACCUUCUGUCGUUUCGGGAACCGCUGUCUCUACUGGUGGACGUACAGAGUGGCAAGUCGUUGCUCACGAAAUCGGGCACAACUUUGGUGCUAUUCACGACUGCGCCGAUGGUUGCACGACAAGCUCAUCAUGUUGCCCGCUCACGACUACGACAUGCAAUGCCAACGCGCAAUUCAUCAUGAGCCCCGUUGCUCAGUCUGGCGAAACUGUUUUUUCACAGUGCACGAUCGGUAAUAUCUGCUCUGUGAUGAGAGGCGCUGGUGGAAGCAAGGUUACAACCACCUGUUUGGUCGAUCCUGAUCCUUCGCGGACCACUAUCUCGCUCCAGAUGUGUGGCAAUGGGAUCGUCGAGACUGGUGAAGAUUGCGACCCAGGAGUUGGGUCAAAUUCUACCUGCUGUGACGUCAAGACCUGCAAGUUCAAGAAUAAUGCAUUGUGUGAUCCAGACAGUAGCGCUUGCUGUACGGCGCAGUGUACGUUUGCCCCAUCUACGCAAGUCUGCCGCCCGUCUCGCGACACGCUGUGUGAUACCGCUGAGAUGUGCACUGGCAACUCUUCCUCAUGUCCGACCGAUGUUGUGGCUCCCAAUGAGCUGUGGGAGCAACGGUUUGGCGUGUGCCAGCGGCCUUUGCACAGCGUUGGCGCUUCGAUGGGUCUCAAGGCCGCUUGUCCCGACCGCAACGAUCAAUCAUGUCAGAUCUCAUGUCAAGACCCCACUAACGCAGGAGCUUGCAUAAGACUGACAUCCCUGCUUAUCGACGGAUCUCCCUGCGGAUACGCCGGUACUUGUCUGUCUGGCAAGUGCCAAUCUGCUGGAUUUUUAGAUACAGCAAAGGCGUGGUAUGUUCAGAAUCUGCAGAUCUCAAUUCCGAUAACCGUCGUCGCCGGUCUGGUGGCGAUUCUACUUUUAUGGGCUAUCUUUAGAGCGAUGUCACGAUGCUGCGGUUCAAGACAGCAGCCGCGUUCAAGAGCUGUGCUAGCUGUCCCACCAGGCCCAAUGACACGAACGGCAACACAUGAGAGAUUAGCUAGCUUUGAUCCUCGUACAGGCUCUGACAGACCUGGGGGCUCGCGCACAUUACCAGGAUCAACUACCUCUUAUACGCGCGUGCCGCCCGCUGCACAUGACCGAAUGGGCUCAGGUGGCAGUGCUGAGCUCAGAUACAACUAUGCAGCCAAUAAUCGCAUGGAUUGGGUGGACGACAGCGCAUAUAAUGGACCAAGACGGUAUUAA